ACUGCUGUGUCGGCUGCGGCGCUCUCGUGUAGACUGCCCGGUCUUGUGUUGUCUCACCGUUUGUUUGCUUGGAUGUGCUCCAUUUUGUUUCCUCGCAGUUGCAGUGUUGAAGUGUUGUGUUGGGUGCAGUGUUGUGUGCUUUAAUGUUGGAUAUAUCACUUAUAACAGAUCGCAGAAGUUCAAAAACAUUGCAGCAAAAGUUAAACUUGUGAGUAAUGUUACUGCAGAAACUGGAAAAAGUAUUUAGUGUUAACCAAGUGAUGUAGUAAGUGAGAAGUGAAGUGCCAAACCAAGUGAUAAGUGACAAUGACCAACGAGAAGCUGGAAGACCACGCGAGACCUCUGGUGAAGACAGAGGUGAACGCUAGAGUGUUUGACAGCUUCACCAAAGCAUUCACCAAACAAAACUCCGAGUUCGAAUCAGUGAUCAAUGUGCUGGAGACCCUCAACUCCAGGCUGGUAGAGGAUGACUCGUGGUUCCAGGACCAUGGCUCACCCAGACAGGACCAGGAAGCGUUGCUCCUCCACACCUCCAUGGCGCUGAUGAGGCGUCUUCUGGUAGACGCUCAGGCGAAAUUUCGAAGAAUGGUCGAUGAAAAUCGCUCCGUAGCUACUCGCAUUGACGGAGAAAUCCGGGAAGCCCAUGAGGAAAUGGCCGCUUUACGCGAAGAGUUGGCCGACACCAGCCGACGCUUCGAGGAGCAACUCACCCUCAGUGCUGCCAACGGCGCAGUUACCAACAGCAGUGUUGCCAACGGAAACAAGACCUCCACCUCGGAGUCGGAGGUGUCGUCAUCUACAGGCCAGACCCUCACGUCAGUCACCUCCAACUCUUCGGGAGAGACCAAACCCACGGUUCUCAACGACUUGUGUAGUUCUCCCCACAAAAUUAGCUCACCCCUGAAGAUAAGAUUAGACAAUUUAUCCCCCAAAGAACCGGAAUUCCCUCUGAGCCAGACCAACGGAGAGAGUAUAGGUGGGAAACAAAUAGGCAUUGAAUUGAAUAGGUGUAAAGACUUUGCGAUAGAACUGUCAGAGGACCUUGAACUUAUUAAUGGUGAGAGUAAAGUGGAUGUGAAGCAAUUGAUACGACCACCUUCCCCCAUACCUGGACCGAGCAACAAACCUGACUUUGGAGACCUGAUAGCCCCCGCCAAGCCCUUGGCAGUUGGCUCCAGCAAUGUGACCACGAGACUGCGACUGGAGAACGAUCGACUGAAGCGCGAAGUGUCGGAACUUCGCAAGCUGGUGUCGGCGUCAGGGGUUCCCGCCGCAGCCCCCACAGCCACCGCUGACAUCGUCAUCGCUUCCCACCCCGACCUGGACUCCCUGGAGGGUCCUGAGAAAAUACACGCCCUGGAGACCGAGCUUGCCCUGACAAGAGAGGCCCUUGCGAACUCAAAGGCAGACCGGAAGAAGUUGAAGGCUGAGAAGUUGGACCUGCUGAACCAGAUGAAGCAACUCUACGGCACCUUAGAGGACAAGGAGAAGGAGCUCAGAGACUUUAUCCGUAGUUUUGAGCAGAGGAUGCGAGAGAGUGAGGAGAGCCUAGUCCAAGAGAGAGAAGAGCGUGAGAGAGAGCGUUGGAGUCUUCUGAGACAUGCCAGGGAUGAAGCAGAGAGGAGCUUAAGUCUGGCAGCACAACUGGAUCUCAAAGACCAACAACUCAUGGAGGCCAGAAGACAACUGUCGGCAGCAGGAUGUCUGAGUGACCAGGAGUCACUGGCUUCUGUGUCUGUGUCUCGGGGAGUGAACGGAGGCGGAGUCACCCCCACCGCAGGCCCCACCACAGGCUUGGCCCCCGCCGCAGGGGACCGGGGCUCUUGCAGUGCUGACUCAGGAGUCCGGGGCAGCUCCGACAGAGAGUCAGGAGGAGCGACGUCCGGUGGCGGGAACCUCUCUGAUUCCACCACUGAUGGGGCUCCUCUCAACGUGGACAUAGACUCUGUGUCUGUCUCAGGGGCUCCCCACUACCACUUCACCACACCGAAGGAUUGCAGCAGUCCGUCUCUAUCACCGCUCAACGCUCACUCCUUCUCCCGCUCACUCGAUGCUUCCACGCUCUCCCGGUCUGUGGAGCAGUUAAGUAGUCCUGUGUUGGAGGCAGAGCCAGUACGGCGGGGCAAGCCUGGGAGGGGAAGUGGAGGCCGCAGCGGGGUCGGGGGCACUUGGGGAAGCAUCAGUCGAGUGUUCGCACGCAGCCGUCAUCGCAAAGUGCCAAGCCCCAAUAGCCAGGAUGAUUCAGUGUGUGAGGUGUACGGACGCAGUUGGUCUCCUCUGACGGAGGAAGGCUACGCAGAGAAGUUACGUCUUUUGCGUGAGGCAGGCUCCGUGCCUAUGGAGCGAUGGAGAGCACCUACUGUCCUCGCAUGGCUAGAGAUUGCUCUGGGCAUGCCACAGUAUGGACCACGCUGCGCAGAGAACGUAAAGUCUGGCAAGGUGCUCCUGGAGCUGUCCGACUUGGAGCUCGAAUGUGGGUUGGGAAUCACUCACCCAAUGCACCGCAAGAAGUUACGUUUGGCUAUUGAGGAACACAGGCACCCCACACUCGUUCGCUACCCUUGCAUUGCUCAACUCGGCCACACCUGGGUGUCAAGCGAGUGGCUGCCUGACCUAGGUCUAGCUCAGUAUUCAGAGAACUUUGCGACAAACAUGGUGGACGCUCGGAUGCUGGACCAUCUAAGCAAGAAGGAACUAGAGAAGUUUCUUGGUGUGACGAGGAAAUUCCACCAAGCCUCCAUUGUACACGGGAUUCACUUGCUCCGCAUGAUGAAAUACGACCGACAGGCUUUAGCGGUAAGAAGACACCAGUGCGAGACAGUAGAUGCAGACCCUCUAGUGUGGACCAAUCAGAGGUUUAUCCGUUGGGCCCGGAACAUAGAUUUGGGAGAGUACGCAGACAAUCUCAAAGACAGCGGAGUACACGGAGCACUGGUGGUGCUGGAACCCUCUCUGAGUGGAGACACGAUGGCUACGGCGCUGGGAAUACCUCCCUCCCGUCACAUGAUCCGGCGCCACCUCACCACCGAACUCGAAGCCCUCGUAUUGCCUGCCAGAGCUGCGUUUGACCAUUUUGUACGAGUGCAUGCGACCGAAAGACGACGGGCUGAGAGACUGCUGAGUGGGGGCAGUCUAGGUCGGAGCUUCUCAAGGUCACAUGGCCCACUGCCCCCACCUCCGCUUCCUCUGCCCAAUGUACCCCCGCCAAUGCUAGAGCCCAGUGUUGCUGACAAGAGGAGGGCUAGUCUACGGGGAUCUCUGAGUCGUGCGUUCGGGCUAAAGCCACGCUCGGGGGCCAAGGACGACUUGGACUCCGGUCUCCAGACGUCACCCCCCUCAACCCCCUCCGAGACCAGCUCCAUGGUCAGUUGUCGACCGGACUCACCACAGUCGCUAGUGGCCAUCAGACGCAGACCGCAUCACAGACAUCGCAGGGUCAAGAGCAUCGGAGACAUCGAUUCUCUCACCGUCACGCCAGUCUGAGACUUGCUCACAUCGGCUGCUGAUCCUUCACGAUUGGUUUAACCGAGCUUCCCACAUCUGAAUACAUCACAUAUCUAUUUUACCCUUCAUAUCCAUAGCAAUAUCAUUUUUGAAAUGUUUAAUCCGUUGGGAAACAGGGAUUUUUGAAGACCUCCCUUUAAGUGGCACAGAGACAAUUAUUUUUAAUACGAGUGCUUUGUGAACGUAUUGAGGUACGAUAGGAAAUAUGUGGAAUUAUCAAUGAUAUUGCAAACUUUUUACUAAAUACGGAACAAUUUCACUAUUAUUCCUAGUAUGUGUGGUGUGAACUGAAUAUAGAGUGGCAUUACACUAGCAGCAAUUUCUAUGUGGCACUCAAAGGUUUAAAUGUGAUAAUUUUAUGAGAAAAGGGUUGAAGAAAAGUUGCUAACAUCAUGUACAGCCUCCUCUUGAUCAACUUUUUAACUUGCUUUAGAUUUACUCAGAUAUUGUGCCAUUACAUAACAUUACUUUGAUUGGAAUUGGAUUAGAAUCCAUUUCAUUAAAGCAAUAUGUUUAGCUAAGCAGUAAACAGAUGAUGUAAUAACUUACGUUGUUAAAGAAUGUUAUUGGUUUUUCAAUAACCCAGAGAAUUUAGUUUCCCAAAAAAUUAAUAAACUAAAGAGCAUUAUUGAUCACUCAUUCACAUGAAUAUUUCUUAUGAACUUUAAACAUAAUACGAAUUAUGAAAACUGCUUUUAUGCUAUUAAUAAUAAAUUACAACAUAGACUUUGGCAAGUAGACCAUAUUACAACUUCAAAACAGGAGGUCUUUCCGCUCUGAAUUUUAUCGGAAAGUGAAGUAGGAGGAUAGGGAUGAAAUAGGAGUUAGAAUACGUCUAGCACAAUAUAAAUCUAGUAAAUCCAUGAUGUUAUUAUUAUAUAAUUAUUAGCUUAUCAUAUAAUAAUUGAAGUAUAGAAUUUGGUUUCCAGAUCCAACAGUUUUUAUACCUUCACCUACCUAGAACGGAAGGAACGUAGCCGAUGUGAUAAUAUACGUACAUGUUACGCACAAUAACGUAUUUGAUCAUAAUUUACAUGUUCUCAGAGCUUUAACCAAGAGUUGUAUUGUAAAGUAGCCUUCACGUAACCACAAUGUAGCCUUUACGCUUAGCCUCUUUAAAUGUUGUCAGUCGCCGAUGAUACGACCAAAUAUGCUUACUCUUGUGUUCGUAAACUCUGAUGUCAAGUCUGGAUCUGAUAACCUAGAUAUACAUCUGACGGUAGUUUUAGGUGUAUUGUUACUAUGAUUACCAAAGUGUAUUCGAUAAUGCAUUCAUCACUCAUUUAAAGACGAUUGAAGAUCUCAAGUUCGCUUUUUUUUAAAUUGUUAUGAUUUAGUUUCAACUGAGUUGCUGUAAGCCUUAAUCACUGUGAUCCAAUUUGGAAGGUAAUUAGAAUUUUUUUUAUCUACUUUGGGAACAACUAAUGCACAUCAACAAUCAUUUUUCACAUUUCAAUUACAAUUUUGUAAGUUUCUUUUGCUAUAAAAUAUCUAUUUUUGCUUUGAAUAUAGUUUAAAAUAAUUUUAAGUCUGUAGAAAUCCCUAUAAAGGUCAUCUUAGUGUGGAAAACAGAUGGGAUAUUUUUACUACUGAAUGUUAAGAGGAAAAUAAUGGCAAAGUAACAUAUGAAUUUGUUUAGUAAUUUGUUUUUAUACAUGGUUUGUAGCAUAUUUGAUUACUAGGUAAAUAUUUUUAAAACUUGUAUGAAUUUGUAACUCGGUGUUAAUAAGAUUACAUUAUACAGUAUGCAACUUUUAUGACAAUUAACCGGUGGCAAACUGUUCAAUAAUACAAUGUGAUACAGUGCUAAGUGUCUAUGUAAUAUAAUCUGUGAUCUUAACUCGAAUAGAACGUAGUUAAUGUGACAAAUAGAUACUUUAGAAGCAUUUUUUUAAUAUAUACCACAAUAACAUAACCUCUUUGGUUCGUGAUUUGUAUUGCAUUUCUACUAAAGUGAGUUAAAAUGUUACACGAAUAGUUUCUUGUGCGAUUUAAACUUUAUCAGUAGCUUUUUAUGUCAAACAUUACGUAGUUGACAGUAAACACGUUUUUAACUCUGACCAUCACGUUGAUACGUUUUAAAUUAUUCUUUCUAAUACUGUUUUAACGUUUCCUGUGGCACACUCAGACAGAAUAUAUUAUAAAUAUUUCAAAAUAAUAAAGUAUCAUUAGAAAUGUGAGCUACAGUUGAUUCAAGGAGUGUUGAGAGUUAAGUGCUGAUAUAAAUGUGUCAAAUCGGGGUUUGCUGGUCAAUCGGAAAAUGGAAUCCACGUUGAAUUUAAUUCUCGUAGGAUCUAGUUGUGGUGAGUUUGAGAUGGUCAUUCAUAAAAUGUUCUACACAAAAUACUAAACAUUAAAUACUAUUUUGUAUUACAGUGCAUAAAACUAUCCUUAAAACUGCAUUCACACUACAAAAACAUUUUAUGACAACUAUGUUUUCAUUUUGUCUUAAAAAGUUGUAAGGAAUUCCCUAAACUGACAUUAGUAUGUAAAUUAGUAUAAAAAUGUAUUCCUACAUACUACGGUAGUUUUCAAAGGCAUGUGUUUUACAAAUAAAUAAGAGUGUCCUUAUGUCUAGUGGAAUAGUUGUUUGUUAGAAAUAGAACUCAAAAACUUCAAAUAUUUUCUUAGUUGUAAUUAGUAUCUAAAACAUAUAAUUGAUAAAAGACAACAUGUUUUAAGUUCAUAGAUGUAUCUUAUAUUCACAUAUAGAAUUAAAACCGAUUUAUCUGACUGAUAGUUUGCUGAAAUUUCCAAAAUAUUAGGAGUAUAUUAUGAGAUACAUCAUUGCGAGUCUAAACAUUGAUUGAUGAAAUUAUUUAAAUUUAUCAGUUUUUUACCUUGUGUGUUUUUAUUAACCAGCAAUUAACAGUGAAAACUGUUGUUCAAAACAGUGUAAGAAAUUAAUAUUACCUCUUGGUCUUAAUAUUAUAGCAAGUUAUAUCAAGCAUGUUUAUAACAAGAAUUCCCAGAGUUCUUGGUUGAUUGUACACAUCAUAUAAACUGCCAAGUUACCUCUCUGAUUACUCUCAACACUUACUGAAUGAAGUAUAGGGGAGUGCACCACAGAGGAUGCUUUAUGUCCUUCCCAUUAAAUUAUACAGGCACUUAUAUUCUUUGCUGCACUCUGACUUAUAUUCAGAAAAUAUGCAAUAUUUUAAAACAAAUCCUGUAGGAUUGACAUAAUGUCUUUAAUAUUUUGCAAAUCACAUUUUAGGUUUAGUGAGAUGAUAGAAACCCCCAAAUAUGUUUUAAAUAUGAUUAAAAAUUAUUUAAAGAAAAAACAUUUUUUAUUUACACCCUACAGUAUAACAGCAUGAUAAAAACAAUAUAUAAUGUGAAGCUACUAAAACCGUAGACUUGCUCAACAAAAAAUGUUAAAAACAAAUUUAAAUAUUGUUCACUGUCUUUAUGUAAAGUAUUCUAUUAUAUUAGAUGUAAGUGUAGGCGUCAUUAUAAUAUGAUCCUUCAUAUAAAAGUUAUUUUUUUAAUAUAUUAAAAAUGGCCAUGAAAUAGUUGGAGACAACUACACCUUACCUAAAAAUCAGAAAAUAAUAAGUUAUUCACUUGUUGAAACAAUUCAUAAUGUAUGGACACCACACACUAAAUAAAACUUAAAAUAAUGAUCUGAAAGAACUAGUAAUAAUUAUAAAAUACAAUAAACAAUGCACACAGCCAUUAAUUGCCUAACAGCACAAAACAUGAGCAAUAUAUUUGAAGACAACAUGAUUGGCUUAGAAAUGGUGCUAUGAAAUAUAUUGUACUGCUAUUAGGCUGCUGAAAUAGAGUUUAUCUUGUGCAGUAGAUAACAUAACAGAUUGUAGAUAAUAGAGUGUAGCACUGAUCUUCUAUUUGGAAAUCACAAUGAUUUUAUUCUUAUUCAGGAACAAUACAGUAAGGCCUUUAUAUAUUAGAUAAUGGUUUUAAAGUGUGGCUUUUGAUGAGAAUUAUUAAUGACAGUGCAGUUGUCCAUAUUUGAACACAUACAGAUGGCUGAAGCUCUGUUUUUUAAACAAUUUGGAUAAUAGGUAUUGACUAUUGAGGUUAUGAUAGGAAAGUGAUGUUUUUAUGUAAUCUAGAAGAACCAAUAUUUCAGACUGAAAAGGUAGGGCCUCAUAUUUUAUUUAUUUCAAAUAUUAAAGUAAUUUAUUGCAUUAAAAUACUGUACAAUUACUGGUAUAAUGUAAUUGUAAGUUUUGAUUAGUGGAAAUAUUACAUGCACAUUGCAGUGUUUUUGUUUUGUUUUUAUUUUUGAAAAACACAUUUGCGCCUAUUUUAUUUAAAAAAAAAUAUUGUUUUAUAUGUUUGUCAUAAUUAUAUCCAAAAAAUAAUACUGCUGCUGGUGGCCUUUGAGUUCAUUUUUUGAGGAAGAAUAGUAAUUUUUAAUAUUUUUGGAAACACCUUUUUAACUAAGGUUUUUGGAACAUUAAUGUGGGUGGAGGUAUAACUCUUCCCUCCUUCCUUCAUGAUGUUCCUUUUUUAAUUUAUCUUUUACUCUUUUGUUUUGUCGACUGAUAAUAAUCAAAUACUUUUGAUCUUAAGAUAAAAAGUAUUUGUCUUUUCUUUUAAGUUAACUUAAAAGAAAAGAAACAGUAAGCAAUAAUAACAUUAACAUGAACUUCAUUAUGUACCUAUCGGACAGCAUAUUUUUAUUGCAGUAUUGUUUUUAUUACAGCAUCAUAAACAAUGUAUUGAACUGAUUAAUUAGCUUUUACUCUGAAGUAUUUGUACAUUAGUAAUUAUUCAUGAAUACAAUCUCUUUUGACGUAGAUUAAUAUUAGUAUUGUAUUUUAAUUAGACUGUGAAAAUUGCAAUUUUGCUAUAGGUUUCUAUUCAACUUUUAUGUUAAUGAUUUGUUAAAAUUGUUAUUUAUUUUUGUGUACCAAAUUGUUGUGUAAGUUUGCAAAUAAAUGUAAUUGAAGGAGUAUUUAUAACGGUCA